AUGGAGGCUUGCUCCCGCGACCCCGAUGGCGACGCGCCGCCCGCGGCCAUGUCGCCGCCGCCCCCGCCUCCGGUCUGCCCCGCCUCAGACGCCGCCGUCGCUGCACCUUCUCCAGCCGCCCCGCAGCCGCCCGCCGUGGCCUCGCCCAUCCCGCGCUCCGCAGCCCCCCCGAUGGAGUCGCCGCUUCGUUGGGCCGACGUCGCGGAGGCCGACGACGCCGCCGCUGCCCGCCCCAUCAUCCAUCGAGAGCCACCGGUUCGCCGCACUAUGACUCGCUCGGUGAUGGAGAGCUCGCCUCGGCGCGGCUGUCCGUCCCACCCGCAGGCUCGUCAGCUGGCCUCGGCGCCCCUCCUGCCGGCACCACACCAACAGGCCGCCCUUGGGUCCAGGACCGCUCGCCGCCGCCGCGCUCCGGCAUGGGGCGUCGCGGGGCGGUCCGACUAG